CCUCCCUCUCUCUCUCUGAAUUUUUGGAGCUGCUGCAACGACCGACUGAACUCCGAGUCUGGGCCUGACGCCGGUGGAGCUCCGUCGGACGGUGAUCCACCAUCGCCGCUAUCCGAGGUUUGAGGAGGAGAGCAUCGGUCAACCGAUCGCCUAUGAGUUACGUGCUAACGACGCUGACGAAGAAGAGGGAGGUCGACUCCGUCAUCAGAGACACCAUCGAUAAGGUCCUCGUUCUCCGCUUCGGCCGCGCCUCCGACGCCGAGUGCAUGCAGCUGGAUGACAUCCUCGCGAAAUCUGCGAGGGAAGUUUCAAAGUUUGCCACCGUAGCUCUCGUGGACAUUGAUUCCGAGGACGUGCAAGUCUACGUCAAGUAUUUCGACAUCACGUUGACUCCUUCCUCCGUCUUCUUCUUUAACGCUCAUCACAUGAAGAUGGACUGCGGAACUGCAGAUCACACCAAAUGGAUCGGGGCAUUUCGCAGGAAACAGGACUUCAUUGAUGUUGUUGAGGCAAACUACAGGGGAGCGAUGAAAGGCAAGCUGAUCGUGAACUGCCCCUUGCCCCCGGAGAGAAUACCGAGAUAUCAGUUGUUGUACAAAGACAUGUAGAGAUUUUCGAGACAAAACCGGAAGAAGUCAUUUAGCAGUCAGGAAAAUGCUAUAUCCUCCUCCUUGGAUGAUGAAAAUUCUCUCAGAGUAGCGAUAUUGUGACUCGCGAGAGUUUUCAUCGACGAGCAACCUCCGAAUUGGAAGAAAGAGCAUUUCCUUGAAUGACACGGAAUCUUCUCAUCCAAUCUGCCAAACUAUUCUGAGAGAAUUGGAAGAAAGAGCAUUUCCUUGAAUUGGCGGGCUUGUUUUGGGAUGACACCUACUAGUAUCAGCUAUGGAUUUCUUUUUCUUGGUACCCAAAGUUUGUAAUAUCUGAUUUUGUUUGGAAAUGGAUUGGGGUUAUAUUAUAAAUAUUAUUUUGGAUUGUAA